CAUUUAGAUACCAACACUCUCUCAUCAUUGCUCAACCUUUUACUCACUCCCUCACGUUCAAUCCAAAUUCCUCACCACAAAAGUCUUCGAUUACAGUUAGGUUUCCUAUAUACACACACACACACUAGGGUAGUGUAUCUUGAACCUCCUUUGUUCUGUUUGAUCGCUUAUAAGAAGUCUGAAUGGACAGAGUAAUGAAGUUGGCUUCACAAAAAGCAGUUGUGAUCUUUAGUAAGAGUUCAUGUUCUAUGUGUCAUGCAAUUAAGAGACUCUUUUAUGAUCUCGGUGCUAGUCCAGCUAUUCAUGAACUUUAUGAGGAUCCUAGAGGAAGGGAAAUGGAGAGAGCGUUGUUUGGGCUUGGCUUUAGUCCUACUGUUCCAGCUGUUUUCAUCGGUGGUCGGUUACUACGGUUAGAUUCAACUAGCACCGUAAUGUCACUUCACCUCAAUGGAUCCCUUGUACCUAUGCUCAAAGAAGCAGGGGCAAUAUGGCUUUAAUACCCAUCUUUCACUCUUGAUAUAUACAAUGUGAAAAGUGACUUGAACUCAUUUCCAUCGGGACUGCGUACCUAAUUAGCUCUAUCUAUCUAUACUCUACAGAGGCUAUAAUGUUUUCGUA